AGUCAGUACUCCCAGUGAAAGGUUGCUUAGGUAACUCCAGGCAUUGUAGAGUAAAACAUUUUGGAUUAGAGAAACAUAGAAAAACUUCCUUCAACCCAAAAAAAUAAAACACAUAAAACAAAAGGAGAAAAAGUCAAAGAGGAGAGAGAAGCCUAAAUUGCGAAUUUAGCAAACAAACGUCAAUGGCAUAUGAAAACGCGAACGAACAGCAUGUUGUGUGUAAUGGACGUUUAUUAUCUUUGCCCACCCUAGAAGUUGUAAGGGACAUACCCACAAUGUCGGCUGGCACCAAUGUCGAUUGGCUGUUGCACAUCUACUUUGCCCGCAGAGAUUUUGCCCGCUGCAAAAGACUAAUUGAACGAGAGCUCUAUCGACACUUGAAUCCCGAGUACCUGUACUUCGUUAAGGGGUUAAUGGAGCGCGAGGAAGGCAACAACAUCGAAGCUUUGCGCAAUCUGCAAAAAGCCAUGGAUUUGAAUGGAAAAAAUAUUGAAAUUUACAAAGAAAUCGGAAAGACGCUCUUCAUAAUGGGCCGCUAUAAUCAAUCCCUUGCUAUAUUCCGUGACGCCGAAGAGCUAUCAACACGUUUGGAUCAUGAAAUUUUCCAUUUCAUCGGUGAAUUGCUGUUGCGUUCAGCCGCAUCGCGCAAUCAACCGGAAAUGGCACACAAAGAAGAACAGGAGGCCAAGGCAUAUUUCCAAAAAGCCGUACAAACUGGCAAAAAAAUUGAAAGUUUUCAACGUUUGGCUGAAAUUUUACGCAAAGAGAAGCAAUACCACAAAGCCAUCGAAGUCUUGGAUUCCUGUCUGCUUUUAGCACCUGAAAACACUGAUGUUUUAACGGAAAUCGGAGUUUUACAUUUAAAACUAAAUGAGACACAAAAGGCAUUCGAUCGCCUGUUGGAAGUCAUACAAUUCGAUAAAAACUGCUUGAGAGGUCUUAUGGCAUUUGCAGCCAUUUUGCAGUCACGCAAUGAUAUCGAUGCAGCAUUGGGAAAAUACAAGGAAAUUGCUGCAAUAGAGCCUGACAUUGCAGAGUUAUGGAAUAACAUUGGCUUGUGCUUCUUCAAGAAACAGAAACUUAUAGUGGGAAUUUCAUCUCUAAGGAAGGCUAUUUGGUUGUCACCGCUUAACUAUAAUGCUCUCUACAAUUUAAGUCUCAUCUAUAUAACAGCCCAGCAAUAUGCGAGUGCUUUUCAUACUUUAGCGGCAGCCAUUAACUUACGCAAGGACAAUGCAGACUGUUAUAUGCUGUUGGGCAUUUGUCUGCGUAAAUUGGAGGAUUUUGAUAAUGCCUAUACAGCAUUUGAACGGGCCAGUGCCAUAUCCCUGAAUGGAGGCAGCAGCAGCAGCAGCGUCAGCAAUAACAGCAGGACCACUGCCAGCAAUAGUCAGAACACCAAAGGCCUAACUACAGCUACAAUGACUAAUGAAAAUCAUGGAGGAGGAGCAGCAGCCACUGGCGUUGGCGAGGCAACUGUUGCAUCACCUCGCAAUCCUUUGAUACAUUUGAAUUUUGCCUUAUUUUGCUAUGAAACUGGACGCCUGGCAUUGGCCCAUGAACAAUACAAUCGCUUUGUCAGCUCGGCCCAGGAUUUAAUGUUGCUGCCUACCGAAUACAAAUAUCAUGGCACUAAAUUGAAAUCGCUCCUGAAAAUCUCCUCCUCCGCUGGCAGCCACAUUCUAAGUCCAAAUGCCAAUCCAGCUGUGGCAGGCAAUAUAAUCAGCUCAAGCCAUGGGGAAUUUGCUGCAAAUGCCAAUGCAUCAAUUCAACAUUCUGGCGGGCGCAAUGAUGUACUUCACAAUUAUGCAAAUGAUGCAAUAAACAACGAUGCAAACCAUCCCACCACCACCAACAACAACAACAACACCUUGCAUCACCCAGGAAUGAUUUCUUCAAGAGGCGACAUCCGUAAUGAGAGUAACUUUGGCAACGAUAUCUAUGCUGUGGGAGAGGAAAGUCCACAAAACGAAUUGGGUCAAAAUGAAUUGCCACUAGAAGUGAAUGCAGUGGUCAACAACUGAAAAACAAAUUGAAAAAAUAAUAUCGAGAUGGUCACUUGGAUAACGUUCGGUGCCACCCCCAACACACAGAAACCACCCUCAUGCUCGUGAUUGAAUGUUUUAAAACGAUAUUUCCCUGAAGGUUACCGAUGGUAGAUAACACGAAUUUGAAAUGCUGUUACAAUUUUAAAUUUAAUAUUUUUUUUGUGCAAACUUUGCAAUGCGGUAGAUAUGCAAGCAUGACUUGUGACAUCCAAGGCCAAUUUUGUCAAUUAAGAUAGAUGAACAAAAAAAUUUAAGCUACAAUAGAAAAAAAUAAACCUCAACUUACAAAUUUA